AUGGUUUCUUCCAUGCCACUCCAUCUCCUGUACAACUCAGUUGUCUUCACCAACUUGCAAGCUAACAGCUACGUUGUGGUUCCAACCAUGGAAAGCUGGCUAUCGGGCGGAUCCUACGACUUUUCCAACUUUCUUGCAUUCGAAGGCGAUUGGAAGAAUAUGAGUUCCUUCGACUCAACUCUAGACGAUUAUCGUCCCAGCCUUAAUGAGACCAUCAUACUCAACGAUGGGACCGAAAUUCCCAGGUACAAAAACACCAGCUCCGAACCAUGUUUUCACGGCUUCGACACGCAAUACACGUCUGAGUUUGGAAACGUGUAUAUCGCUCAGGCCCAGCCCACGACCUGGCGCAACCAAACACACUGGCAUCUUGGAGUGCAUAAUACUACGGGAGCAUACGCGUGGUACGUGGAUGACAGAGAUAAUGCCACUGUUGCUUGGUACAACGCAACAAUCAGAGAUGUCGCAUCUACGAUGCCCUUCCGAAGCGACCCGAGCGUAUAUCCGUCGAACCGAUGGCGCUGUCUUCAUCUCAAAGACUCAACUUGCGAUUUCUCAAACGUAACAGAGAAUUGGAAACCAUACGAAAGUCCUGUGCAGUAUUGCAUGAUCGAGCAAGUUGCGGAGAUGUGCAAACUUCAAUUUAGCUUCCUGAUCGUGUCAAUAGUACUAGUCUCGAAUCUGUUGAAAGCAGGUUGCAUGUCUCGUUUACUGUUAUGCCAUAGCAGUCAUGAUGCGCUUGUAACGCUGGGGGAUGCUAUAGCAAGUUUUCUCGAACGUCCAGAUGCCCACACCGAAGGCCGUUGCCUGCCGUCUGAAGUACAGAUCGAUAGAGCAUUCAACGGAAGGACGUCCGUGGCUCCACGUAACGAUAUCGUACGGUAUCAUACUCGGCACGAUAAAGAAUUGAGAAAUCAAGCCAGAGCCUUCAAGCCCGAAAAGAUUCGAUGGUCGGCAGCCUCGAGUCAUGGGACGUGGCUUACGGCUUAUGUGUUCUACCUGUGUGCCGUCAUCAUUGGGUUAGCGGCGAUUAGGAUGUCACUCCAUGGCAUGCCCAAGUCUCCGGCGCAGCUCUGGAAGAUCGGAUUUGGCUCCGUGGAUGGCAGGAAUUUACUUACUGCCAAUAUGUCCCUUCUCAGUGCUGUCAUACUGGCCAACAGCCCACAAGCAAUUCUUUCUUACCUCUACCCUACCUUCAACAGGCUGUAUAGUAGCAUGCUUCUCGGGAAGGAGUGGUCCAGCUACCUCAAUGACCGCAAGACGUUACGCGUCACAACACCCAUCGGUCAGCAGCGCAGUACCUACUGGCUCAGUGUACCCUACCGCUACGCCAUACCGAUGAUCAUAGUCUCAGGUCUCUUCCACUGGCUUGCCAGCCAAAGUCUGUUUAUGGUGCAGAUCACGGUCACACGGACUCGGGAAAGCGGAGCUCGCGAGAUCGUGCAAAAUGAGCAGAUCUCUACGUGUGGCUUCUCGCCCUUUGCCAUAAUUCUCACGACAGUAACGGCAACUGUGAUUGCUCUCUGUGGCGUUGCCAUGGGCCGCUUGACAUACCCUGCCGGUAUGCCGCUCGCAAGCAGCUGCUCGGCCGUCAUGAGCGCAGCAUGUCACUCUGUGGUCGGUGAUGAGAAUGCUCAUAUGCUUCCCGUACAGUGGGGUGCAGUCACACAUGGGUUAAAUGACGACGAACGUGUACACAUGCAAACUGGGCACUGCACCUUUUCGAGUUUGCCAGUCGAGACGCCAAUCCCCGGCAGAUUGUAUGCUUAA